ACCACAUCCUCUACAACGGGACCGACCAAGCAUCCCCCUCUUUGUCUCCGAUUCUCAUGCUUUCCGUUCGUCAUCGGUCACCGCCGUCCACCGCCAGCUCCGACACUCACCUUUGAAGCGACGCCUCCGACGACAACAUUACAAUGUCUUUUAGUGGCAAGCAGCUGAGGAGUGUUAUAGUCUUUCAAGGCAAGGGAGGAUAUUUGGCCUUUUUAUGUAGAAAAAUGAGGUGUAGUAAUUUUCUUCCUUUAAAAUUCUCAAAAGUGUGUUAUCGACUAAAGCAUAAGUUAGCAGAGAAGUUUGUGGAAAUAGAUGGAUAUGGUGUAAGACGCGGUUCAAAGUUGCAUAAUAAGGUAUUUGCUCUUAUGGAUUAUAACCUUCCUGACCUAAUUGGAAAUGGAAGUGAUGAAAUGAAAUCUGAAAUGAGUCUUAAAGAUGCAUUAGAUGAUUUAGACAUUUCCUUGAUUUGUAAGAGAUUUCCAUCAAUUACUUUGGGUAGUGCUCCUCAAGUGGAUUUGUAUAAUGCGGCUGAAACAUAUUCUGAAACAACCAACAUUUUAGCAACAGAAGAUUUUGAACAGUAUUUUUCUGACUCUUCUGAGGCAAGGUGGGUGCAAAAUACUCUCUCUGAAGGGUGGCCUUCUCUGUAUGUCAAUCAUUCUAGUCUAACAUCUUCUGCAUUAAGAGAAAAAGAUUCUCGUUCUUUUCCUUUGAAACCUCAUUCAAUGUCUUCAAUAUAUGAAGAAAAAUUGGAUCAAGUCACCACUGAGGAUUCUCAAAAGAAAGUAGGGCUGCUGUCACAAUCAAACCUUACACCCAAUGAGUUAUUUCUUGACAAAUCUGUGAAUUCCUUACUUGGAUUAAGUAAGAGGCAGUACCAACAGCUAGAUAACUGUGGGUUUUACACGUUACGGAAAUUGCUGCACCAUUUUCCAAGAUCAUAUGCUAAUCUACAGAAUGCACAUGCUGAAAUUGAUGAUGGGCAGUAUUUGAUUUUUGUUGGAAAAGUCUUAUCUUCCAGGGGAGUCAAAGCUAAUUGUUCAUUUUCAUUUCUUGAGGUGGUUGUGGGUUGUCAGAUUGCAGACAGUGAAUCAGCUUUUGAGCAUAUGACUGGCAAUGCUAUUAAUGGGCAAGAGAAGACAAUUUAUUUACAUCUGAAGAAAUUUUUUCGUGGCUCACGUUUUACCUUUAGACCUUUCCUUAAAAGAAUCGAAGAAAAGUAUCAAGAGGGAGACAUAGCAUGUGUGAGUGGCAAGGUCAGGACUAUGCGUGCUAAGGAUCACUACGAGAUGAGAGAAUAUAACAUCGAUGUGCUUGAAGAUGGAAAAGAUUUAUCCGUUUGUGCUAAAGAGAGGCCAUAUCCCAUCUACCCUUCCAAAGGGGGUUUGAACCCAGUUUUUCUUAGGGACAUUAUUACGAGAGCUUUACAAGCCUUGCCUGUUGAUGUUGAUCCAAUUCCUAAAGAUAUCACAGAGGAAUUUGGAUUGUUAAAUCUUCAUGAUGCAUAUUUUGGGAUCCACAAACCGAAGGAUGUUAAUGAAGCUGAUUUGGCCCGCAAGAGAUUUAUAUUUGAUGAAUUUUUUUACCUGCAGUUAGGACGCUUAUUCCAAAUGCUUGAAGGUCUAGGCACACAAAUAGAAAAGGAUGGAUUGCUAGAUAAGUAUAGAAGACCAGAACAUAAUGUUGUUUGUACAGAGGAAUGGUCUUGUCUCACCAAGAAGUUUAUGGAGGUCCUUCCAUAUUCUCUUACUUCUAGUCAACUGCAUGCUGUUUCAGAAAUUAUUUGGGAUCUAAAAAGGCCAGUUCCCAUGAAUCGGCUACUGCAGGGUGAUGUUGGAUGUGGUAAAACUGUUGUAGCAUUUCUUGCAUGCAUGGAGGUUAUUGGCUCUGGAUAUCAGGCUGCUUUCAUGGUUCCAACUGAGUUGCUUGCAAUCCAGCAUUAUGAACACUUGCUUAAUUUGCUUGAAAAUUUGGAUGAGGUCAAGUGCAAGCCAACUGUCGCUUUACUCACUGGUUCAACCCCACUAAAACAAUCACGGAUGAUUCGUAAGGGUAUCCAGACUGGAGAAAUCUCGAUGGUCAUAGGUACCCACAGUUUGAUAGCAGAAAAUGUGGAAUUCUUAGCCUUACGUAUUGCUGUGGUGGAUGAGCAGCAUCGCUUUGGUGUGAUUCAAAGAGGAAGGUUUAACAGUAAGUUAUAUUUUACAUCUUCAAAUUCGAGUGGGGAAGUUGUUGCUACAGAUGGGUCCUCAAAGAGUGAUGCGCAUAUGGCUCCACAUGUUCUUGCCAUGUCUGCCACUCCCAUCCCAAGGACACUCGCACUUGCUUUAUAUGGUGAUAUGUCACUAACACAGAUAACCGACUUACCUCCGGGAAGAAUUCCUGUUCAAACAUAUACCAUUGAAGGAAAUGACAAAGGAUUUGAGGACGUCUACAAGAUGAUGCUGGAUGAUUUGGAAGAUGGGGGGAAAGUUUAUCUUGUCUAUCCAAUUAUUGAACUUUCUGAGCAGCUACCUCAGCUUCGUGCAGCCUCUGCAGAUCUUGAAGUUAUAUCAUCCCGGUUUCAAGGAUAUAAUUGUGGUUUAUUACAUGGAAAAAUGAAAAGUGAUGAAAAAGAAGAAACAUUAAGAAAGUUUAGGACUGGAGAAAUGCAUAUACUACUUGCCACUCAAGUAAUUGAGAUUGGUGUUGAUAUUCCAGAUGCAUCUAUGAUGGUAGUGAUGAAUUCUGAGAGAUUUGGAAUUGCCCAGUUACACCAACUCAGAGGACGAGUUGGACGUGGAACAAGGCAGUCAAAAUGUAUACUAUUAGCAUCAACUGCCAGUAGCCUAAAUCGUUUGAAAGUACUUGAGCAAUCAUCAGAUGGGUUUUAUCUCGCUAACAUGGACCUUUUAUUACGUGGACCUGGUGACUUGCUUGGCAAGAAACAAUCUGGACAUCUUCCCGAGUUUCCUGUUGCCAGAUUGGAAGCUGAUGGAAAUAUUUUACAAGAUGCACACGUUGCUGCACUGAAAAUUUUAAGUGCUUCCCAUGAUUUGGAGCAAUUUCCUGCACUUAAACUGGAGCUUAGCAUGAGACAGCCGCUUUGCCUGCUAGGUGAUUAAAUCUUGAUGUGGUAUUCAAGAGUUACCUUGCUCAUUGUGAUAAUUUUGAUAAUGUAAUUGAUUUAUUGGGCUCUUCUUUGGUAAUGUAAACAUAAUUUAGCCUUCAGGCAGAUGUUUAUAUCUUGAAACGCCUGUUGUUAUAUUUUAACCCUGUUUUGGCCAUGAUGCUUCCUUAUUCAGUUGUAGCAAUGUUUUGUAAUUCUAAGAUCUAUCAAAGCAAUUC